UACAAGGAAAGGACGGAGUAUAUACUAUUUACCCAGACGGCAGGAGAGAGAAGCGAGUGUUCUGCGAUAUGACUACAGAAGAGGGUGGAUGGACGGUCAUUCAACGAAGAAGAUACGGCAUCACUGAUUUUUAUCGAUCGUGGGCGGAAUACAAGAGAGGAUUCGGAAGAGCAGAGACAGAUUACUGGUUAGGAAAUGAUGCAAUACAUAUUUUGACGUCACGCACAACACAGGAAUUGUGGGUUGACCUGGAACAGUUUUCAGGCGCCAAGGCAUAUGCUAGAUAUUCAAAAUUUGCGAUUGCUGAUGAACAGGAAAAGUACAAGUUAACAGUCAAUGGAUACAGGGGCAAUGCAGGGGAUGGUCUAAAAGGACACAAUGGUAUUGCAUUUGCAACAAAGGACAAAGACAGAGGUGGUUGUGCAACAGGUCAUAAAGGAGGUUGGUGGUAUACAAGUUGUUAUACUUCACAUCUCAACGGACCUUUCCUGAAAUCUGCUGCUAAAACCUUUGAUGCCAUAGUGUGGAGACCUUGGAAGGAAAAAACUGCCCUUAAAUCAGCUAGGAUGAUGAUUCGUCCUCGAAAAUGA